GUCGCGGGUCGAUCAAGUACAUACAUCAGGAUUGCCUGAUGUCGUGGCUCGAACACUCGCACAAGCAGACCUGCGAUAUUUGCCAUACAAAGUACGCCUUCCAGACGAUCUAUGAUUCCGACACCCCAGAACGACCACCGAUUUACAUAAUUCUGCACACUCUUCAGACAGUCUGCCAGAGUGUCCUGUACUAUGUGCUAAUUGUUGUGAUUGGCUUGGUAUUCAUCUUGUUGCAACUCCCGAUUUCCACCACAUUCCUAGCUCGCCUCUAUACAUAUCUACUGGGCUGCUACAUGCCCCACCAAACGAUCCGGGAGUCUACUCUUUUUGGCAAACAGGCACCAGACCCAAAAGGUUGGCUAACCUCAACGAGUCUCAAGACGCUUCUUUUCAGUUGUUACUUCAAAGGCCUGCGCAUCCUGGUUUUUGGGGCCACGUUGAUCAUUGUAACAGUUGCCGUUCACGAGUGGGUCACCAAAGACGAAGGCUUUUCAAAAAUUAUUGAGCAUAACAUUGGGCCGGAGUUCACCGCGCAAAAGAUCCUACAGAUGCUCCAGCAACCAAGAAAUGAGAUUCCCAGACGGCCCGAAACACCUCGUCUGCAUGCCCUUGAUCCUGCCGUGCAACAAGAGCAGGAUGAAGAAAUUGACGAUGACGCCGACAGGCUCGCUCGUGACGAACUGCUUAGACAGCUCCGUAUUGACAGAGCAAGGAACCAGAGAGAGCAGCGGCGCAUUCGGCAAAUGCAAGAAUGGCAGGAGGAGCAGCGCAGACAGCAAGCCGGAGGAGGUGAGAACGUUUUGGUGGAAUUCUCGCUUACUCCUCUGUUUCUGAUCAAGGUCGCAUGGUUUCUGGAACUCAUAGUGAUUGUGGUUCUGGGUGUUUUUUACUUCCUUCCCUCGUUGCUGGGUAUGAUCUCUCUUACCGCGAUCCACUCCCUUGUUGCGCUCUCCUACAGGCUGAUGUUGCAUCUUGUCCGAAUGGCUGGCAUCCAAUUUACAUUUAAUUACAACAUUCCUCUCGACUAUCUGCCUUCCGUUGAUCUCUCCUCGCUUCAGCACGUCUAUUCUAAUAUCGUCAACUGGACUCCCGAAGCAGAAGUAUUGGAGAGGACGCUGGUUUUGGCUGCGGGCUAUUUCACUGUGGGGUCUACAAUUGCUGCAAUCAUGCACCUGCUCGAGUCCGGAUGCUCGCCCGUGAACCCGCUCUCUCGUGGAUACCGGGCCAUAUAUGUUGCGCUACUCGAGGUCGUUUGCACAUUGAAGGUGCUCUCUAUUUUCUGCAUUGAGCUGCUGGUCUUUCCCUUUUUCUGUGGAUUGCAGCUGGAUUUUGUGCUCGCUCCAGUCCUCACGGAGAACAGCUUUUUUGCUACGUUCGACAUCGUCAAUUCGCCAUACAGGAGUAUCGUGCUGACCCUUGGACUAGGAACUUACUUCAUGUACGUUUUUGCGUCCUUCGUCAGCAUGGCACGCAGCGAUAUUCUCAGAAAGGGCGUUCUGUUUUUCAUCCGGUCUCCAGACGACCCAAAUGUCCGGCUCAUCCACGACGCCUUGAUGAAGCCGUUUGGAUUGCAGAUUUCGAGAAUCGCGCUCUCGGGGCUCGUUUAUACAAUUUACAUCGCCUUGGAGUUUGCCGCAGUCACCUGGGGCCUCAAGUACCUUGCUCCUUACAAGUUAUUCCCUAUUCGAUACACUAUCUCUGGCAUUUGGUCGGUCAUCCCUCCUUUGAUCAGAUCCAUCGCGACACAACCCUCUUUUGCAAGACUUUUCCGUGCAUACUGGCAAAUGGCUUUCAAACAGGCGUGCUCCCUGCUUAGACUUUCAUCGUUCAUUUUAGGUAUGGACGUGCCCGAGGAACGAGGCCGCGUCGUGUACCGGUCUCUGGUGUACCGUCUACUGGCCCACAAGCCGGACUAUAACUUGCCGGUGCCGGAGACAGAAACGAAUGCGUUCUUCCAAGAACACCCAGAAGCCACUUGCUGUUUUGUCCCUGAUGGAACGUUUGUUCGCGCACCUGACGACGAUAAUGUGUCCCGUUCCUUCAUCAGAAAGCUUUUUGUUCCCGUGACCAAAAACGACGUGCCGUUGGCCCCUGUUCCCGAUGGCGAGGAUGAAACUGAAGUCGAAAACAACCCCUACGGAGACGAGGAGCUGGUGUCGAUCACCUCGUACACAAUAGUCUACCGGCCUCCUAAUUUCAAGCCGCGUAUCUUUGCACUGUUGGGCUGUCUGUGGGUAUAUUCAUUGACGCUUGGCGGUCUGGUUUUCGGGGCUACACUGUUAUUUGCCAAAUUGGUUCUGGCACCGGUGAAAAACACCAUGCUUCACAAGCUUUUUUUCCACCACGAUACAGAAACCCUGGAUGCAAACGAGCUGUUUGUUGGCUUUGUUGCAUUGGCAGCAGCAGUUCGGUGCUUUGUCUAUUUUGUUGACUACAAGGCGAGCGAAGAGCAGCAGGAUCUCAUCACCUAUUUGAAGAAGGGAGUAGGCUCUGUUGUUCGUUUCGUGCGCUUCCAUGUGCUGCCGACCUCCAGGAAAUUUGUUGCUCUUGCCCUGACGCCUUCUGUGUGCAUGCUGUCGACAGUGUUGCCGGUUGUUACCAGUGCUACUGCUGUGUCGACUUUUCAGUCACAUGUCUAUGAGAUCGGGCCUCUGUACGCUGCUUGGAUAUCCGAGAAGACACCACUGUACAGUGUCUCUCUUUUUGUGUCCUCUGUGGUUCACGCGUACACUCGUACCGAAGGUGCGCUCACCCGGACGUGGUACGAGUUUAUGUUCAGGAGCCCUGGUUAUUUCAGCGUGCUUGUUGUGCAGCUGCUGGUCAUUGUGGCGUAUUAUGUGCUGGCGUACAGUUUCUGGGGCAACAAGAGCGUGCUGGAGUCGUUGGAGCUGGUCUACAAAGUCAUCUACACGCCAGGCUACGAGCCCGUGGCGGCAUGGACCAUUGCGUACUUUACGUGGCUUCCAUGGAGUCUCUACACCUGGAGCAAGAUUGUUGGAGACUUCUGGAACUGGCUGAUCAUCACAGCAAAAAACCAGCAUUACGGGAAAAGAGUGUUUCUGACCAAUAACGAGGAGGAGGACCUCGACUAAUGUAUAAUGACCUUAUCAAUUAA